UGUACAUUAAUAAUCUUGCCUGUCUUAUUCAUGAACAUAUUCAUUAGGCAAUGGGCCAAACUAGCCCUCAAAGUUUUACCUGAUCUGGAGCUUAACUCUACAAUAUUUAGGCUUUUUUUUACUGAGUCUAGAAAAUAAUUAUUAGUCUACAUGAGCAUACACCUCCAAAAUACUAAGAACAAGUGCAUUUGGAUGAUCAUUUCAUCUGCUUUUACAAUACAUCAUUUGGCUACGUGCACACUAAAACAUGUUGUUUCAUUAAAUUUACUAUCCGAAAAUGUUUACUGGUUAGAAAUAUUUCGUGGCUGUGUUAGUAACAUUUUCUAUUCUCGUCUGCUGUACCGUUUCUGUGGGAGAGGGAAUCCCUAGCUAAACGUCAUUACCAAGGAUACCAAACAAAAACAUAACCCCAUAAAUGGGCACGUACGUCAGCGGAACUCCGAGGCGGGACUUCGUGUCCUUUACAAUGCUUCGCUCGUACUCCAUGGAUUCAUUCAUAAGACAAGACUCGCUUCUGUGGGCCGAGACUAUAUCGCUGAUCAGUUUAUCCAUAGUGGACUUUUACAUGGAUCUAUAAUUGCACAUUGGAAAAACGGACAAAGGACAUAUUUUAACGGACUCUGAAUUGGAUCAAUGAGUUUUUAAAAUCCCGGAACGUAAGGACUGUUUCCAUUGCAGCGAACUGGAUUUUCUUCUUCAUGCAACUUUUUUGGAAAGAGACCAAGAGCAUCUUACCGGAGCACAAUAAGGAACACAUUAACGGUGACGUCACACUCAUUCCGGGAACUAUAGGUUUUUCACUCGGCUCCUCCGGGGUAAUGUUCCAAGGGUUCCCCGGUGACUUUGAUACCAUCUCCCGUGGAAGUUCGUCCCCGUCUAUUGAGUCUCAGUACCUUUCCUCCGUGGACUCCUUCGGGAGCCCGCCGGCCAGUGCCUCACAGGAUUGUGUGUCUGCUGGUGGCGGGGACGGGGUAGGCAGUGGUUCCGGGGGCAGCAGUGGAGGAGUGGAUAUGCCAGGCUCCUUUGUGCCCACAGUCACAGCCAUCACUAGCAGCCAGGACCUGCAGUGGAUGGUGCAGCCAACUCUCAUCUCGUCCCAGGCCUCUGGCCAAAGUGGGACCCAGUCUGUGUCCCUCGUAGACCCUUAUGAUCUGCCAGGGCCCAGUUAUUCCUCUGGCUCAGGUUUUACUCCCGCAGGCUCUGAGACCCCGGGGCAAGGCCCAGCCCCGGGCCCCAUCCGCCAGUCUAGGACCCGUAGUCGCCGUGUACGAGACGAGUCUGUGAGUGACGAUGGAGAUGUUGGUGUGUUUUUGACUCCAGAGGAGCAGGAGAAGAGGCGUGUUCGGCGCGAGAGGAACAAGCUGGCAGCCGCCAAAUGCCGAAACCGCCGGCGCGAACUCACUGACCGACUGCAAGGGGAGACCGACAUCCUGGAGGAGGAGAAGUCUGAGCUGGAGGCUGAGAUCUCUGAGCUGCAGAAGGAGAAGGAGCGCCUGGAGUUUGUCCUGGUGGCUCACGAGCCCAGCUGCAAGAUCCCCUACCAGGAGCAGCAGGCCUCAGGCUCCACACAGCUCCAGCAUCAGCCCCUACUGCCCCAACAGGCCCCCGUCUCCAUCGUGGGCUUGACUGUGGAGGACACUUUCUACCUGCCUCCCGCCUACACCUCGCAGCCUUCUACUUCGCAGCAUCAGCAGCAGCAGCGACAACAGCAGCAGGUUCAACCGCAGCAGCAGGUUCAACCGCAGCAGCAGGUUCAUCCGCAGCAACAGGUUAAUCCGCACCCGGGGAUGAUGCAGGAGGUAGCGUUUUCUAGUUCUUUCUAUGGCUCAAGCGAGCCUGCGCCGGGUGGGCCGUGCCUGGUGGCCGACGGUGGGGGUGGUGGUCACCAUGAUGGCGCGGCCGCUGGCAGCUACAACCCUUCAUACACAUCUUCAUUUGUGUUCAGCUACCCAGAGGGAGCCUGCGGGGUCAGCGCUAACCAGAGAAACAGCAGCAGCGAGCAGUCCUCUGGUUCCCUGAACUCGCCCUCGCUGCUCGCGCUCUGACUGACCGACAGAGACACACACCACACGCGCGCGCCCCUACGCCAAUCACUUAUAUACGGCAAAAAACAGUUGCUCAUGGUAGACGAGGUCAACAACAUGGAUGAACAUACAUUAUAUAAUGAGCCAUACAAAAAUCGCACACAUUCAGACCGAGUAAACAUGACAUCAAGCAAAGUUUGACCGCAUAGCAUUUAGUGCACACAGUUGUCCUUAUGAGGAAACUAAAUAUAACUCAUCAAGUAUUUAAAGUGAAUUCAAAUUGAGUCCAAAACUCUGGGCUCUGAGUUGUCAGUCGAUCUGUGAAAACAUUCUCCGACAUCAUACCCAGGUUAAUUCACAAUGAAUCUUUCAACGUCUUGUGACGUGCACGUCCAGUGCAC